AUGUCGACAACGAAUGGAGUCGCCGGAUGGGCUCAGCUCCGACAACAAGCUCGACAGUUGGAGACCCAGACGGAUACCUUGUUCCACACAUAUUCACAAUUCUCGACAGCCUCUAACGUACCACCAAAACCCACAGAAGAAGAGCGCGAAACAGAAAGAAAGCUGGAAGAGUUGCUAGAGAAGCGCGAAACUGUCAACGGCCAGCUCAGUCGACUUCUUGAUUCCGAACCCAAUCUCGCAUCCUCUGCUUCAAAACAGAACAACCUGUCCCUCCUUCGAAGGAAGCUUACUGGCCAUCAGAGAGAUCUGGCGCGCCUGCGUUCAACACUGCAACAAGCGCGCGAUCGGGCCAACCUUCUGACCAAUGUUCGCUCGGAUAUCGAUGAAUACCGCCAGAACAACCCUGAAGCUGCCGAGGCUGAUUACAUGCUGGAAGAGCGCAAUCGCAUUGACAACAGCAACACGUGA